CCCAGCCACCACCCCCUGGGGCCGCGAUUCAAGAGUUGUGGUUCCUGGUGGAGAAUUAUCCCAGAUGUGUGUGGGUGUGUGAAAACGGACGACCAAAAUUCCAUGAUGGCCGCUGCUGCUGCUGAAGAAAAACCUGCCGAGGAAUCCCAGUCUUCCCCAGGAUUUUUCAUGAAAACUACUAUUUCAUCCAUCAGUCUCAAGUUUCCGUCGGUCAAGAAUCUGAGCACUUCAAAUUUAGACAAGAUGCUAAAAGAUCCAAGUGAGAGGGGUGUUGUGCUUCUGGACGCUCGCCCACAGGAGGAAUAUAAUGUCAGCCAUUUAGAGGAUGCAAAGAGAGUUGACUUUAAAGAUGUGAAUAUGGAAGAGCUUUCAGCCCAGCUAGCUUCAGAGUUUAGUGGAAAACCGAACCCUACUGUUGUGUGCUAUUGCUCUGUUGGCUAUCGAUCCUCUGUUGUGGCAAAAAAUCUACAAGAGCAUUACAAGAGUUCAGGACAGCAACCAGUCCCAGAGAUCUACAACUUGGCAGGUUCCCUGUUCCAGUGGGCCAACGAGAGGCGGCCAAUGGUGGACAUGAACGGCCAGAAGACCCAGUUUGCUCACCCUUACUCCGUGCUGUUUGGGAAGCUUCUUGAUGCUCCACUGCGCAAAUCAAAUGUUUGAGUCUUCAGGUUUUUAAAAAAAAUUUCUGUAAAAAUAUAUUUUAGUUAGUUUUAGUAGAGGUUUU